AUGAAAGAAGUUCUCGAGAGACACGACGCGUGGCCACUCUGCGAGCACUUCCGCCGACAGGUCGCUUCCGGAACACUGCUGCAACGGUGACAAAUGUACGUGAACCACUUUACGUGGCCCUGAUCCCUCAUGAACACCAAGUGUUGUGAACAAGACAAUGCUGUUGUGUAACUAUGUAUACCGGAAAAUUUAGUUUUUAGCGUUAUUGGAGCUUUAGAAGCUAAACUUAUAGAUGUCAAGUUUAAUUGUUUGAUUUUAAAGCUUUAUGUAUUCUCUAUUUCAAAUGUACAGGAUUUGGUCUCUUAAAACUUAACGAAAAUAACUUCAAAAGCGGCCGCCACGUGCGGAGACUUUACCCACAGUCACAGUGAAACGACUCCUGUCUCAGACAUCUUGGUUUAGUGUGUUUUGCCACUCGCUUGUGUGUUAUCGACUUGUGAAGUAAUCAAUAAGAACAAACCCCGUCCACUUUUUGACUGUCAUUUGAGUGAAGUGAGUGUAGUGUGGCGCCCUCUGUCGGCGGGACUGCAGCGCAGCAGCGUUGAGCGCAGAGUGGACGCGCUAACAUCAGUCACCGGACGGACGCUGUGAGAUCUGCCCCAACACAACUCACACACAGACAGACACCGAACGAUGGACGGAACCGACAAACGUCAAAGUUUCAACAGGUGUGUUGUGUGUCCUCAGGUGUGUUGUGUUGCAGGUAACACAAAGUCAUGGCUCGUGAGGGAUCCGCUGCGGCCACCGCACACUGAUCUGCAGUCAGCCAUUGAGCGCGCGCGCGCGCGUGUAUAUUCAGAGAUGUCCGGCUCGCACCUGAUGAGUAGCGUGCGGUCGUUGUUCCGCCGGCAGACGGACAGGUUGCCCCUCAGCGACACGUUCGAUUUCUCCGAAGAUCUCGAGGAAGACGAGACGCCCAAGUUCAGCCAACUGAAGGUGGUGGUGUCCGGCGAGACCGACGAUCUCCCCACGGGAGCGCGCAACGGCGCGGCGGUCAGCACGCUGCUGGCGGAUGAUGACGACUCUCUGCUGGACUCAUCCUCGAGUCUCGGGAGCCCCGGCGCGGCGGCGGACGCGUGCGAGAGCUGCAGGAGGACGCGAGAGCGCACCAGACGCCGGGCGGUGAUGAAGAAGCUAGGCGUCGCGGCUCUCCUCUACUUCCUGUUCAUGGUCGGUGAGCUGAUAGGUGGGUAUGUGGCAAACAGUCUGGCGAUCAUGACGGACGCGCUGCACAUGUUGACGGAUCUCAUCGGGAUUCUUGUGUCACUGCUGGCGCUCUGGCUGUCUGCCAAACCCCCAACAUACAGAUUCACUUUCGGCCUUCAUCGCCUCGAGGUGUUGUCUGCAGGGAUCAGUGUGUUGUUGAUCUACAUUCUGACGGGUGUGUUACUGAAUGAAGCAGCACAGAGAACCAUUCAUCAGGAUUUCACUAUAAAUGGUGAUGUCAUGCUGAUCACGGCAGCGGUGGGCGUCGCUGUCAACCUGCUGAUGGGAUUUCUGCUCAAUCAGUCCGGACACGUUCACUCACAUGGACACGGUCACUCACACGGUCCGACGGGGCGGAGUCAGGAUCAGGGGCGGGGUCAGGAACAGGGUCACGGUCACGGUCACGGGAGUCUGGCGGUUCGAGCCGCUUUCAUUCACGCUCUGGGUGAUCUGGUGCAGAGUGUCGGUGUUCUCAUCGCUGCAUACAUCGUCCGCUUUAAACCGGAGUAUAAACUGGCAGAUCCGGUGUGUACGUACCUGUUCUCCAUACUGGUGCUGUUCAGCACUUUCCAAAUCAUCCGAGACACGGGCAUCAUCCUGCUGGAGGGCGUCCCGCGUCACAUGGAUGUGUCGGGCAUCCGAGCCGAUCUGCUGAAACUGCAGCACGUGCAGCAGGUGGAGGAGCUGAAGCUCUGGGCUCUGACGGCAGAUCAAACCGCAGCCAUCGUUCACCUGCAGCUCGUGCCGGGGAUGAUGGGUAACUGGGAGGACGUACAGACAAACGCACGCCGCCUGCUGAUGAUGUCACACGGGGUGACACACUGCACAGUGCAGCUGCAGACGCAGAGACACGGUGCGCUGCAGUCCUGCACAAACUGUCUCUCACCGAGUGCCUGAACGAAGAGAGGCGGAUGAACCCAGACGGGUUUUAAUGAUUGUCCAGCAGAUUUUUCUAGAAUGAAUAUUGACCUCAUUUUUGAUACACCUUUAAUACAAAAGAACAACAUGACAAACACACUCAGUUGGUUUUUGCUUGUUGUUUCAUUUGUUUGUGUGUGUGAUAGAUAACUCUCUGCAUGUUCUCAUAUGUGCCUCAAACCAUGACAUCUCAUUAUAUAACAUUAUAUACUGACAAUCAGAAGAGAGUGAGAUCUCACACACACACACACACACACACACACACUUACAUGAUUAAACACAAUGUCAGAAGGGCACAGAGUAAUUUUUUUACUUUUUUAGGUAAUUGUUUGUCUAUCUCAAAUGCAAAAGGAGUAUAAAAGUAUUGUUUAAUCAUCAGUGAUGAUGAGAAGCCUUUAUGCCUUUUUAUUAUUAUUUUUAUGGCUUUUUUGUUUUACGUUUUUGUGUUUGCAGGAGGCUGAAGGAUCGUUCUUUGAUAACUUGAAAUAAAUGUAUUUUAAAGGCG